CGUGACAGCUGACAGAAAAUUAAUAACCUAGCAAAUUUGACAACUUGUGUCUGUUGUGUUUAUAUUUGAAAACUUGUAAUUUUCAAGCAUUGAAUUAUUGCAUUUUGAUUAAUAAAGAAGUCCAAUGGGUGAAAGAAAAGGUACCAAUAAAUAUUAUCCCCCCGACUAUGACCCAAAGGUCGGGGGUCUAAACAAAUUCUUGGGUACUCAUGCCUUAAGGGAAAGAGCAAGAAAAAUCGACAAAGGCAUCAUAAUAAUACGGUUUGAAAUGCCCUACAACAUAUGGUGUGAUGAAUGCAAGAAUCAUAUAGGAAUGGGAGUUAGAUACAACGCAGAAAAGACAAAAGUUGGGAUGUAUUAUACAACUCCGGUGUACGAAUUUAAAAUGAAAUGUCACCUAUGCGAUAACCAUUUUGUAAUUCGAGCAGACCCAGCAAAUUUGGACUACAUUAUAAUAUCUGGAGCACGUAGGCAAGAAAAUCGUUGGGACCCCACACAAAAUGGCCAGGUUGUACCAGAAACCAAAGAAGUUCAGAAAAGACUAUUUGAUGAUAAAAUGUACAAAUUAGAACAUGGAACAGAAGAUAAGAACACAAUGGAAAGUGCUAAGCCCAGAUUGGUGAAAUUAUUUAAUAGAAAUGAAGACAAUUGGUCUGAUAAUUAUACAGCAAACCAAAAAUUAAGAGCCCAGUUUAGAAAACAGAAUUAUGAAUCAAAAAUAAGGGAGAAGAAAUGGGAUGCUAAUUUAAGGAAGAUUGGUUUAGAUAUACCUCUUCUAGAAGAAAGGGAUGAAGACAAGCACACUGCGAGUUUAUUAGCAAUGAGACCUAUAAAAAGUAGUGAAGAAAAUUUAAGUAAUAAGAGGAAAGAAAUUAUUUCUCAAAGUUCAUUACCAACUACUAAUUUUUCAAAGAAGAAAGAGGAAAAUGCAGUGAAGCUGUUAAAAGGACCUAAACUUGAUUUAGGCAUUAUUAAAAAGAAGAAUACUGUAUUGGCUACUUCUGAUAAUAUACCUGAACAAUGUGGUAAACAAGGAAAUGAGAUAAAUAGUAAUUUAGAAUCUGAUAUAUGUGACCAUGAAGAGAAUGAUUAUCCCGAAAAUGUAAAAAGGAAAAAAGGAAAUGAAGAAAUUUUACAAAGUUCAUUAGUUGGUGAUUAUGGUUCAACCAGUAGUGAAUCUGAGUGAUAUUUAUUGCUGGAUAUAUACUACAGAUUUUUAUUGUUCCUUAAGAAAAUAUAAUUGUAAAUAAUAUUAACUGUAACUUAUUAAAAAGAACUUUUCUUAAAGUUUGUACAUUUGUAAUAAAGUAUUUUUCUGUUUUC